UAUGCAUUUUCUUAUUCUUUUUGCAUAUGAGAUUGCUUCAUCUUGUCGUAUAGUCGAUAAACGUACAACUGAUUUUCAUCUCGCCAGUUGGCAGCAGUUUCUCUACAUAAUAGAACUUAAAAUACGUGUAUAAUUCCCGAUGAAUCUCUAACAUGGUCUAUCAGCUCAUGGCACAACCUCAAUAACAUCUGGUAACCUCUCAAGUCUGUAUUUUGCAGUUUUCACAGCAUCUAAUGAAAUAUCAUGUGGUGUCGGAGUAUCUUGAAGACGCGCGCUGUCUUCAGUAAUCCGUCCAUAUCUACCUAUGUGCAAUGUUUGACAAUUAACAGUCCCAACUUUGUUACGUUGAGACAUCCAGUGCGACGAUCGUUCAGUUCGAACGCAUGUGACUAUACCGUCGGUGAUAUUAUUGAUCAAUGGAGUCGCCGAUUUGAGAACGAAGGCAUAACGGAGCCAGUAGAAUCGAUAGAACACAUAGUGGCGCAUGUUAUAGGAACUAAGAAGAUAAUAGAUAUUUUGAACGUCAGGAAUAAUCGACUUAAUGCAAAUCAAAUCGAAAAAUUGGAAUCGAUGUGCGAAUGUCGGUUAUCGAGAAUGCCAGUUCAGUAUAUUAUUGGCGAGUGGGAUUUUCGAGACAUCACCGUGAAACUUGUGCCACCGAUUUUCAUUCCUCGUCCGGAGACAGAAAUAUUGGUAGAUUUUGUGUUGAAGAGACUGAAUUCGUUGCAACUCGAUAGUUGCGAAAUCCUGGAAAUUGGUUGCGGCUCAGGCGCAAUAUCCUUGGCUCUCGCUCAUGCUUGUGAAAAGAUCAAAUGCACAGCGAUUGACACGAGCCCUUAUGCGUGCGAUUUAACUAUAAUAAAUCGGGAUAAAUUGAACUUGGCAAAUCGAGUCACAGUGAUACAUGCAACUCUAAAGUCAGAUGCAACUGUUGAAGUUUUUAAGGAAUUGAAUGGCGCCAGUGACAUGGAUCUAAAUUUAAGAUUGUUUGAUUUUGUAGUCAGUAAUCCGCCUUACGUGCCGACAAAACACAUAUCAAAAUUGCAACCCGAGAUAAGAAUUUACGAGGAUCUCAGGGCAUUGGAUGGCGGCGAUGAUGGACUAAAAAUAAUCAAACCGCUCCUAAAAUAUACUGCCAAAGUGUUAAAACCUGGUGGACGUCUCUUUUUAGAAGUUGAUCCCACUCAUCCUGAAUAUAUACAAUUUUUCACAAAUAAAUAUCCCGACUUUAAACUACAUCACGAACAUACAUACAAAGAUUUUUGUAAUAACGAUCGUUUCGUUGAAGUGGUGAAAGCUGCCUGAAGAUGUGAUAUUACAUUCAUGUCACAUUUUACUGUUCCGAUUAAAUCAAUUUUAUAUAUAAUUAUUUUUUGUACAUAUAUGUAUAUAGAAUAGAUAUAAUAAAAUGACCACGCGCAUUAUACAUACAA